AUGACAAGAAUGCAAAAGGCUCUGUUGGUUCUGCUCCUUCUCACGGAGGCAGUGCAUCUCUGUUCCGGAGUGCGUGCUGCGUUGCGUCUUCGGAAAAAGUCAAACUCGGCGGAUGAUUCGGAAGAGGAAGACCUUCAGGAUGAAAUUGACGACGCCAUUUACGAUAAAGCUUCGAUCUUCGAGCAGGGGUCACUACCCAUUCAUAACUGACUUCACGACAUGCUAAACUUUUCAGAGAGACCCAUGACUUUCUGCAAUUCCUCCGGAGCAUAAAAUACGAUCAUCGUCAAGUGCCGGAUGACGGGUACGACGGUCCAGUUCAUGUGAACGUCUCCAUUGUUGUCAGCAACAUCCGCUCGGUCUCAGAAGUCACUAUGGUAAUCCUAAUCUAUCUAGUUUAUUCCCCAAAAACAUAGUUCUCCAGGACUACUCAAUCGAAAUGUUCUACCGAGAAUCGUGGCGAGACCCGCGGUUGACGUACAGUCGGGAGAAGUUCAAGAACAAGACGGAGAUCUCAUUGCACGAAAGUUAUUCGAAUUUUCUCUGGCAUCCGGACACCUUUGUGCCCAACGCGAUAUCUUCCAAGAACCCGAGAAGACAGUCAAUCACUCAUCGAUCACUGUUAAGGUAUUCACAACCAUCUGUUCAUAGUUUUCUAUUUUUUCUCCGUCUAGAUUACGUAACAAUGGAAGCAUCCUGUACAGCAGAAGGUUAUCACUGAUAUUGACGUGCGGAAUGGACCUCACCCUGUUUCCCUUCGACACACAAUUGUGCAAAAUGGGAUUCGAGAGCUGUGAGUGGCCUUAUGAUCUGUUCAACAUCCAAGCAUUUCAGAUGGGUACACCGCUGACAAAGUAAAGUAUUUCUGGUCGUCGGGAGUGAUUCAAUCGCUCAAACUUCACAAGAUUCGUCUUCCAGACUUUCAGAUCAGAGAAGCAUACGUUACGAGUCGAGUGGAAAGCUACGCCACAGGUAGUCUCUGGAAAUAGGGGAACAGAAAGAAGUCGCGUUUUAGGAGAUUACUCUCGGCUCUACGUCUGUUUUGUGUUCAAUCGAGCAGCCGGCUUCUGCUUCCUUCAACUGAUCAUUCCGUCGACAGCGGUUGUGAUCACCUCCUGGGUUUCGUUGUGGAUGGAGAAUGAGACGUCCUUCCAGGUGAGCACUCUUUGAGAACUUUCGUUAGAGGUGUUUCCUUGCAGGACAUGAUAUCUAUCAUCUUGACGAUCACUUUCCUUCUUUUCUCCUACAAUGAAGUGAUGCCACGUGUCAGUUACAUCAAAGCAAUGGACGUUUAUCUAGGUCUACUCCUAAAGUCUUGUCUUUUAUUGUAUCCAACUCUUCCGAUUUCAGGUGUCUGCUUCUGCAUAGUCUUCCUUUCACUCAUUAAACUGGCAGCAGUCAAGUACAUGCGACAAAGAUUACUCAUUACCAGGUUUGAUUUACCGCCAACUACUACCGUACUCCUUUCCCCCUUAACCCGUAGUUUUGUUUUCCGAGCUAACAACUCUUUGUACAAACUGUCGCAAGUGGGCGACGGGUGCACACUGACCCGUCUCGAGCCAUUCGAACUGUUCGAGUUGGCGCCGAGUGUCUCUGCGGACAAUUGCACGAGCGUCACGUGCCCGGACGCGCCACCUGCCGUCACGUCAUCGAAUGGAAACGAAGAACCAUCAGCCGGAAGCCCAGAGUGAGCAGGAAAGAGAAAGAGCAUGAAGAGCACUGGCACCACCGUUUCACUUCAACUGCAGUCUUUCUUCUCACUGUUAUGCAGCUUCUGACCCUUUGAAUCUCUUCUUAGUCUUAAUCUGCCAAAGAAAUAAGAAAAUCGUUCAGAGAUACGUCGAUUGUGGCUGCUGGAAUGCUGCCGAUGCUCCGGUUGGUCAAUGGAAUCUCGUCUCCGGCGAACAACGGAUCCGAUGGAUUCACUUAUGAGAAUCCAGCCGUCAAAAAGUGACUUUAUGAAAAUAAGAAGUUGCCAAAUUGCUUAUUUUGAAGAGUUUCCCUCUCACCCGACACUUUCACUCAAAUUCCGAUCGAAACCAACGGCUCGACGUCUCCAGUUUGUCGCCAAAAUCGGGCAAAAGACAAUGGAAAUGGUAAGUGUUUGACAGAAAACAGAUUCACUGAUUCACUACUUCACUGAUUCAGUUUCCCCGUCGUCGAACUGCUUCGAGUUCUCGCCCACAUUCAUGCACCGCUUCCAUUGGAUCACUCAGAUGACGUUCUUCUUCGGAUUCGUCAUCUUCUGUCUCUUCUACUUUUUGGUCUAUCCCAACAUUCAUACUCAAGUAGGUGAGCACGGAAAAACGAGAGAAAGUAUGGGGUUUCAUUUCAGCUGAGCGACGAUGAUUGUGACAGAGAGAUGGCCGAAUGGUUUGCCGAAAUUCACUAA